AUGGCUGACAACGACAAGCCAGAGCCCACACCCGCCGAGGAGGCCGCUGCCCGCGCCAAGGAGACGGAGGAGCAGAAUGCGCUGCCGUACAAGUGGCAGCAGACCAUUGCCGACGUCGACAUCACCUUCAGCGUCCCCGGUAACUACAAGAGCAGAGACCUCGUCAUCGACAUCAAGAAGACCAAGCUCUCUGCCGGUGUGAAGGGCCAAGAGCCCAUCCUACAGCAAGUACGACGCAUGAAAGAUAAGUUCGCUUACACAACGAUAAAACCACAGGGCGACCUCUCCCACCCCAUCCUCGUCGACGACUCAACCUGGACCUUAUCCUCGGCGCCCGACGGCACAAAGACGGUCGAGAUCCACCUCGACAAGGUCAACAAGAUGGAGUGGUGGGCGCACGUCGUCACCACGGCGCCCAAGAUCGACGUCUCCAAGAUCACCCCCGACACGAGCAAGCUGUCCGACCUCGAUGGCGAGACCCGCGGCAUGGUGGAGAAGAUGAUGUUUGACCAGCGCCAAAAGGAGCAAGGGCUGCCCACCUCGGACGAGCAGAAGAAGUUUGACAUUCUCAAGAAGUUCCAGGCCGAGCACCCGGAGAUGGACUUCAGCAAUGCCAAGAUUAGCUAG